GUGUGCUCUUCUGCACCAUCUGUGUGCUCUGUGUGCGCUGCUUCACCAUCUGUGUGCGCUGCUUCACCAUCUGUGUGCGCUGCUUCACCAUCUGUGUGCGCUGCUUCACCAUCUGUGUGCUCUUCUUCACCAUCUGUGUGCGCUGCUUCACCAUCUGUGCGCUGCUUCACCAUAUGUGUGCUCUUCUUCACCAUCUGUGUGCGCUUCUUCACCAUCUGUGCGCUUCUUCACCAUAUGUGUGCUCUUCUUCAUCAGGACGCAGAGAUCCUCCGCAGCAGAGACGCGUCACUCCUGAAGCAGUGUGAUGUUGUGGUGGAUGUCGGAGGAGAAUAUGAUCCCGCUCAGCAUCGAUAUGACCAUCAUCAGAGCAGGUCUUUUGCAGAGAGCUUCCACAGCUUGUGUCCAGAGAAGCGCUGGGUGACGAAGCUGAGCUCGGCGGGUCUGAUCUACCUUCACUUCGGCAGACAUGUUCUGGAGCAGCUGACGCAGCUGAAGCAGCACGAGCCGCAGCUGGAGCUCCUGUAUGACAAGAUGUACGACAGCUUCGUGGAGGAGGUGGAUGCGGUGGAUAACGGGAUCAGUCAGUGUGACGGAGAGGUGCGUUACUCCAUCAGCACCACCCUCAGCGCUCGCGUCGGCCACCUCAACCCUCGCUGGAACAGCUCUGACCAGGACACUGAGGAGGGCUUCCAGAAAGCGCUGGCUCUUGUAGGAGCAGAAUUCAAGGACCGGUUGGAUUUCUUCAUGAAGGCCUGGCUCCCGGCGAGAGAGAUUGUGCAGCAAGCUGUUCAGAGCAGAUAUCAG